GUUUGCUGGUUGCCCUCAGUAAUGAUGGCGGCAGCGGAAUAAGCCCACCGUCCUGUGCUCUCGUGUGCUCAUUGGAGCAUCGCGCCGUGGGAGGGGAAAAGUCAAACCACGUGUCUCCAACUACAAGAGGGCUACAGAGAAGUGACUGCAGCGUUUGUGACAGUGCUGGUGAAGGAGUAUAGUCCCAGAUUUGAUUAUAUCCAUGAUGGAGCUCCCUUUGCUGGAAUGGCAGGACUGUGCACACAAGAAGUGGUCACAACUUCCACAGUGUGAAAAAGCAAAGUUUUCCGCAACCUCAAAUCUUAUGGACAGCUUCAUGGCUUGUUCAUCACAGCUUCAGCAGGAAGAAGAGGAGUUACUAGAAAAAUUGUGUUGUGAUCUAAGUGUUGGGAAAGAACCUCGUGCUGCGCUAUUCUACAAGGAAGAGGGAAAUAAGAGGUUUGGAAGAAAACAGUACACAGCUGCAGCGGUUUUAUAUUCAAAGGCUAUCUCCCAUGGCAUCCCUGGCACUGAGGAAAUUGCAGUAUGCUUUGCCAAUCGAUCAGCAGUUCUCUUUUACCUUGGCCAUUACGCAGAAUGCUUGGAAGAUAUCGAUCGUGCACAAGAGCAUGGAUAUCCAGAACGACUAAAGAGCAAAAUACUUCAGCGGCAGGCAGAGUGUUUGCAAAAGCUGAAACAAUCUGGCUUCUCCAGCAUUCAUCUUCCCAGCACAGAAAGUAUUAAUCUGACUGAUCCCACAAGGGAGCCUGCUGCAGAUGCGUUAUGUGACAGAUUACAAGAGCUGAAGGUAGACAGAAACCCGAAGCUACCUAAUGCUUCCAGCUCCCUAACUAUGCUAUUCAGUGAUUCCAAAGGUCGCCACUUGGUGGCUUCUCAGGAUAUUGCACAAGGAGAUCUCUUGAUACGGGAAGAAGCCUAUGUCAGUGUGAUUAUUCCUGACAGAAAACCAAUCGGUGGUAAAUCCACAUGGGAUAUCAGUAUAACGAACUGUGAUCUUUAUUGUCACCACUGCCUACAAAGCGGUUUGACCUUCCUACCUUGUCACAAGUGCAGUUUUGCCAGAUAUUGUAGUCCUAACUGUAGAGAUGUGGCCUGGGAGAGGUAUCACUAUGUGGAAUGCUCACUGGGUAGCAUCCUUCUUGCUCUAGGUGUAUUCUGCCACACAUCACUGAGGACAGUCCUGUUGGCUGGCCUCGAGCAAGUUUCUGAGGUCUUUCACCAGGCGUUGGAUGUCAAGACUAAAUCUCAGGACAUUGUACGGGGAACAGCUUCUAAUGAGCUGUAUUGUAGUGACUAUAAAUCUUUAUUUACUCUUCAAGCACACCCUGAUCUUCAGAAUGAGGAGCAGAAGUUUCUUUGUGGCCUUACAAGUGCAGCUCUGUGUAAGAAAUUAUGUUUUGACAUCCUAAUAGCAAGCAAGGAAGCAUCAAGUCCAAAUGCAGAGACAACAGAAAAAGAGAAAUCGGACAUGCACAUAAUUGGCUCAGCUAUACUCUUUCACAUGCUCCAGCUCCAUUGCAAUGCUCAAGCAGUGACCGUCCUCCAACAGGAAUAUGAUGAGUCUGCUGCCUCACUAGUACAAAGUAACAAGUUCUCCCGUCUCGCUACUGCAGUUUUUCCAGUUCUAAGCUUGUUAAACCAUUCAUGUGAACCAAACACAAGUGUAUCCUUUCAAGGUAGAUGUGCAAUGGUUAGAGCUUGCAGAACUAUCGGAAGAGGGGAGGAGGUGGUCCACUGCUAUGGACCACACAAGUUACGAAUGGGCUUUGAAGAAAGACAAAAGUUGCUGAGGGACCAGUAUUUCUUCGUCUGCCAGUGCAAGGGCUGCACAGAGGAGCAGGGACCCACACUUAAAGCUUCAUGUGAAUUCUGCUGUGAGAAGUGUCUUGCUGCGUUGGAGGGAGAUGAUGUACUGCACUGUUUCAAUGUGUCCUGUUCACACACUGUAAGAAGACAGCAGCUGGUCCUCAGGUUGCAGAAUCUUCAACAGACUGUUCAAAAGGCUCGAGAGCACAUACAGGACGACCAUGCAGAUGUGGCAGUAGGACUCUUAACGUCUUGUUUAUCUGAAGCAGUUGAAUUUCUUUCCAAGAAUCAUAUGUUGAUCGGUGAGAUUUUUGAUCUAUUGGCACAGGGUGAAGCCGUAAGAGGUGACUGGGCCACAGCAGCAAGACAUCUUAAAAAAAGUAUCCAGAUUGUGACACAGCGUUAUGGGGCCUCCAGUUUGGAAGUUGGACAUGAAUUAUUUAAGCUGGCCCAGAUCCUUUUUAAUGGGUGCAAUGUGGCAGAUGCAAUGAGUACUAUUGUGAAAGCCCAGCAUAUACUUUGCUUGCAUUAUGGACCGGACGAUCGUUUAGUCCAAGAGCUGCAUGAAAUGAAGACUUGUCUGCUAGAGCUCCCUGGAAUGACUGGUUCACUGGAGAGCCCAAGCCACAGCUAGGGAUUAAAACACCGGACUUGGACUGUAGUCAAAUCUUUAACGCUAUGAUGCUCUCAACAAGGCUGAAAUAAUUCUAAAAGUCAGGGGUACAUGGCACAUAAAAAGUAAAUUACACCUUCCAAUACAUAGCUCGGUUAUUCUGAAAAUGGCUAUUUAACAGGCACUUCUGGAAAAACACUUCGCCAUGCUUGUGCUGCGAAACCCUGGUAAUCUGUUUUUUUUUUCUCUUGGCAAUUCAAAAUUUAUGAUGACCAUACACAAGUCUUAAGUAUUUUAUCUUCACUGGUUGCUAUAGGUAUGCCCACCAUUUUCUUGAGCAAGCUUUUAAAAAUUAAACCCAUUAUUUCGUAACAGAUGUGUAGUUAGAUAUCUGCAUCUGUCAGCACUUUGAAACUCCCAGGACACACUGGAAGUUAAUGUAUCUUUGUGAACCAACUGUUAAGAGAACAUUCUUGGCUAAUUAGACUUGUUAUACCAUCUACUAAAGGUGCUAUUCCCUGUGCAUUAAUUAUUUUAAUAAACUACACCGCUCCAA